GUGCAUUUUCCUUUAAUGGGGAGGAGGGUUGAGGUUUCCGCCAAGAGGUUGCUGGGAGACGAAGGGGACGUUUUAUAAUUUUCUAAUUUGUCCGACACGAUUUGAAAUUCAAUCCCGGCGCAGCGGAAGGAUGGAGACGACGUGACUGCAGCGAGCAACGCGACGCCAUCUUCGCUGACAAAGAGAGAAGAGCCCAGAUAACCAGUUUCAGGAGUUACAGAAAAAAAAGAAAAACCAAAAAAAAGGUGGAGCCUUUGAGCUUUCACACGCUUCAUCUCCUCCUCCUCCUCCUCCUCCUCCUCGGCCUCCUUUGCAGUUACGGAGAUGUCCGGCUAGCUCAGCCCCCCAGCCUGAGGGCCUGGAUCCCCCGCCCAGGUUGUUUUGGCUGGAUUUGGAUUUUGGUCUUUAGGAUACAAUGGAGAAAGGGGUAAAUGAUGAUCUCACGGAGAAACCGAUAACAUAUGGGCACUUCUAUCACGACACGGGGCAGCCUGGCCAGGAAAACAUUCAUCCUGCAUCUCAGUCAUUUCCUCUAAGAGUUGCGAGCACUCAUGUAGGACCACUUGAGAUAAGUACUUCAGUAGCUAAACCUGUUCUCAAUUAUUCCAUACAGACGGGUGAGGAGUUUGCGCUUGAAUUUAUGCGUGAUCGAGUAAAUACCCGGAAACCUUUUGUUGAAAAUGCAGUCGGUGAUUCCAAUUCAACGUGUUACUUGGAACUAAAGGGCAUUUUAGGCAUCAGCCACAUGGGUUCAGAAAGUGGAUCGGACAUUUCGAUGACUAACAUUGCUGAGAAAGGUCCUAGAGAGCUCGAGAGGAGCUCCUAUCUUCAUGAGGGUUCAAGUACUCAUCCCUCAAUUAGAUCAGUUCCUCGAAUAUCAAGCUGUGUCCCGAGGAAUGCCUCUUCAGGUGCUUCUGAUAGCUCAUCGAUGAGUAUGAAGGUCCUCUGCAGCUUUGGUGGUAAAAUUCUGCCUCGUCCAAGUGAUGGAAAGCUCAGGUAUGUUGGAGGGGAUACACGAAUCAUACGAAUAGGGAAGGACAUUUCGUGGCAGGAGCUUGUGGAAAAAAUGCUGACAAUUUAUGGCCAAACUCAUGUUAUAAAGUAUCAGCUCCCUGGAGAAGAACUGGAUGCCUUGGUCUCUGUAUCUUCUGAUGAAGAUCUGCAGAACAUGAUGGAGGAGUGUAAGGAGCUAGACUUUAGAGAGGGCUCACAUAGGCUUAGGAUUUUCCUUUUCUCCAUGAGUGAUUUGGAAGAUGUUGAGUUGGGUUUCGGGAGUACAAAUGGCGAGUCUGAGAUGCAGUUUGUAGUUGCUGUGAAUGGAAUGGAUAUUGGGUUGAGAAAAAGCUCAAUGCUUCAUGGUUUUGCUAGCUCUUCGACCAAUAAUUUAGAUGAUCUAGAUGGACAGAAUAUCGAUACGGAGGUUAAUGCAACUGGAGUCAGUGUUUCUCCUUUGACUGGAAUCGUUGUCUCACCAUCACAAAUUCUGUCUUCAGCGAUUCUAAGUGAUUCCUCCUAUGCUGGUCAAACUGUUCCCCAGUUCUACGAUGGCCAGAUUUUGCAAAAUGGAGAUACAAAGCAAUACUGCUUGCCCUAUGGGCAUGACCAGUCAACUUGCUCUCUUUUGGGAGAAACUCUCGCUACUAUGCCAUUUCAUGUUCUUACGAAUCAGCAGGGAGGUUUGAUGGAAAUGCAUCAGCAGGACAGCUUGCUUAAGGUGAACUCCAAGUCAUCGUCAAGGAAAGAGAAACCAAAAAACGGAAACUCUGUCCAGCAAGAGAGUGACCCUGAUGGCACAUCUACCUUGAAGAAAGAUCAUUCUGUUUUUUCACAGUCACACGAGAUUGAUGAGAUGGGAUACUCACGGAUUAACAAAUUAUCGGCAGCAGUAGGUGCAACUGAGAAGGACACACCCUAUUUUCCUUCAGACAAUGUGGGGAAAAAUGAGGAUCCUGAAAAGGUUCCCAUAUCUGUUGAUGCUGUUCUAACUUCAGGGCAGUUUCCCAAUAACAGUAACCAUGACAACUGUUCCACAUCAAGUGCUGCUGUUGUUCCAGAUGAAGGUAACUCUGAUUCCAUCCCAAAUGGUUUGAGAUAUGUUGAGCCACCUGUUCCUCCUCCGCGGGUUUAUCGCUCUGAGAGGAUUCCUCGUGAACAAGCAGAGUUACUUAGUCGGUUAUCUAAGUCAGAUGAUUCACUUGGUUCUCAGUUUAUGGUAUCUCAUUCGCAUUUGGACCUUGCACAGCCUGGUACAAGUGCAGACGUCAAUGGCAAUUUGCAGAGAAAACAAAUGACUUCCCAUGUUGAAAUAGAACAGCCCGUUUCUGGUGAAAAUCCUCCAAGUCAAGAACCUCAGACAAUUAAAGAUGGACUUGCACAACUUGAGUCGUAUAGAGAAUUUGCAAAUGGUAUAUCUCAAAUAACUUCAAGAGCCACAGAGUAUGGGCUGGACUGUGGACUUAAGUUGCCAGAGGUGUCUGGUGAUGAUAGAGGUGUUACAAAAGAGACUAGCACUUGCAACUUUAAUCAUCCUUUAGAUGAUCACAAGAAAUUCCCGGUUGUUGAGACUGUUGAAGCUGGAUCCGAAGUAACUUACACUAGAUAUGAUGGUGGUGGCAUAUCUGUUCUUCCCAAGCAUGAGUUGAAAUCAAAGGAAGCAGACAUUCUCAUUGACAUUGAUGAGCGGUUUCCUCGUGAUGUCCUUUCCGACAUUUUUGCCCAAGCAAUAUUUUCUGAAAAGUCAUUGAAUUAUUCUCAGCUGCAUAAAGAUGGGACUGGCGUGAGCUUGAACAUGGAAAACCAUGAACCUAAGCAUUGGUCAUACUUCCAACAGUUGGCACAUGAAGAAUAUAGGAGAAAUGAUGUUUCUCUUAUAGACCAGGAUCAUCCUGUUUCCCCUUAUGAGGUUGGAAAAGCUCGACAGGAUGAUGAUAGAUCUCAUCACUUGACACAGAUAAGACCGGAUGAAGAUCAUAAGGCCAAUGUUAAUAACCCCAUCAUUUGUGCUCAGAAUGGCCCUGAAGAAUCACCCGAAGUAUCUGGUACUACUGACACAUCUGCUUUGCACAUGGAAUUUGGUCAUUCCCAACACAAGAAUGGUGAGGGGUUGCAACUUGAAUCCAUUGCAGAGAACAUUAGGACGCCUGAGUCAGAAUAUGAGGGUCAAAUAGAGUUAAGAAGCACGGGUCUGCCGCCUCUAGAUCCUUCUUCUUUGGGAGGUGUUGAUAUCAGCACUUUGCAGAUAAUAAAGAAUGAAGAUCUUGAAGAGCUCAGAGAACUGGGUUCUGGUACAUUUGGAACUGUUUAUCAUGGGAAAUGGAGAGGGACAGAUGUUGCCAUCAAACGGAUAAAGAAAAUUUGCUUCACAGGUCGAUCAUCAGAGCAGGAAAGAUUAACAACUGAGUUUUGGCGGGAAGCCGACAUUCUAUCAAAGCUUCACCAUCCAAAUGUUGUGGCAUUUUACGGUGUUGUGCAAGAUGGACCUGGAGGAACCUUGGCCACCGUGGCAGAAUUUAUGGUUGAUGGUUCUCUAAGGCAUGUUUUACUCCGCAAGGAUAAGCAUCUUGACCGCCGAAAGCGCCUCAUAAUUGCAAUGGAUGCUGCAUUUGGGAUGGAAUAUUUGCACUCAAAAAAUAUUGUGCAUUUUGAUCUGAAAUGUGACAAUUUGCUGGUGAAUUUGAAAGAUCCUUCGCGUCCCAUUUGCAAGGUUGGUGAUUUUGGCCUGUCAAAAAUCAAACGAAAUACCUUAGUUUCUGGUGGAGAGGGAACUUUACCGUGGAUGGCUCCUGAGUUGCUAAAUGGCAGCAGCAAUAAAGUCUCUGAAAAGGUGGAUGUGUUCUCCUUCGGUAUUGUUUUGUGGGAGAUUCUCACUGGGGAGGAACCAUAUGCAAAUAUGCAUUAUGGUGCAAUUAUAGGAGGCAUAGUAAGUAACACGUUGAGGCCACCCAUACCAGGCUUCUGUGAUCACGAAUGGCGGAGGCUAAUGGAACAGUGUUGGGCACCAAAUCCAACUGUUAGGCCAUCCUUCACAGAAAUUGCUGCCCGUUUGCGAAUCAUGUCUGCAGCAGCAGCAGCAAGCCAUGGGAAAGCCCAUGGUCAGAAAGCAUCCAAAUGAUGCCAAUCGUUGAUGGUGGAACAGUAUUUUUUGUGCACUCAUCUGUUCUUGCCACAUUUCAUCGAAACGAAAAAUUCAUUUUAUUCAAAUUUAAUUGCAUGGUCUUGGAGAAAGGUAGCUUGUAUAAUGGGAGAAUUAGCUGCUCCACAUGUCUGGAGUUGGCAGGACCUUGUUGAAACUGUCAAGACAGAUCAACAUUGACCUCGUACAUCAUGGGUGAACGAUCAAUGGUUCUUUCAUGGUAUAUGCUGCUUUUGUGAAUUUCUGUCUGAAAUAUGCACGCUGAUUUAUGGGUUGCGGUGGUA